AAGCUAGACCUAGAUGAACCUAGAAUUACUAGGACGAACAUUCAGUUGGCGGAUAGGUCUAUUGUACGACCUAAGGGUGUCAUGGAGGACUUGCUCAUUAAGGUGGGCCCUCUCAUUUAUCAAGUCGAUUUCGUCAUUUUAGACAUUGAUGAAAACGUGGAUGUCCCUCUCAUCUUGGGUAGACCUUUCUUAGCUACCGUCAAGGCCUUGAUUGAUGUGCAUGGGGGAAGUUGGUGCUUAGGGCAGGGGAGGAAGAAGUUACAUUCUCUGUUGAUGAUAGCAUGAAGUUCUCUCAGCAUCAUUAUGAUUUUGAUUAUUGCGACGCGGGUGCCCAUACUUCUGACCCUUUUGAAGAGUGUUGUUUGGUAGAGACGAACAACUCGAACUCUCCGGAAGAGGAAAGCUAAGCGAACUUCCGCAAGAACAAGAAGUGGAGGCCUUGCCCUCGAUGCCAAAAAUCCCUACCUCGUUGGAGGAACCUCCCUAGUUGGAGCUAAAGCCUCUGCCUCCACAUCUCGAGUACGCUUUUCUGAGGGAUGAUGGGAAACUCCCAGUCAUCAUCAACUCAAAUCUUACACCAGAGCAGAAGGUUGGAUUGAUUGCGGUCCUAAAGCGUCACGAGAGGGAGAUAGCAUGGAAGCUCACAGAUAUCCGAGGGAUCAGACCGACCUUUUGCUCGCACAAAAUCCACUUGGAGGAGGGUGCCAAACCAGUUCGACAACCGCAAAGGCAUGUGAACCCUAACCCGGAGGAAGCAGUGAAGGUGGAAGUGAUUAAGCUAUAGAUGCUGGGAUUAUCUACCCCAUUUUGGAUAGUCGGUGGGUGAGCCCGACUCAGUUGGUUCCUAAGAAAGGAGGAACCAACAAGAACAGUGACUGGAUGGAGGGUAUGUAUUGACUAUCAAAGGUUGAACUACGCCACUCGGAAAGAUCACUUCCCUUUGCCCUUCAUCGAUCAAAUCCUGGAAAGGCUUGUUGGACAUGAUUACUACUGCUUCUUAGACGGGAUGUCAGGAUACUUCCAGAUCCCAAUUACUCAGGAAGAUCAAGCUAAGACAACAUUCACACGCCCCUUUGGAACAUUCACUUAUAGGCGCAUCCCGUUUGGAUUGUGCAAUGCCCCAGCAACAUUCCAGAGAUGCAUGGUAGCCAUUUUUUAUAAGCUAGUGGGGGAGAUAAUAGAGGUGUUCAUGGACGACUUCUUGGUUUUUGGAGAUUCAUUUCGUUACUGCCUUGCCAACCUGGAGAAGGUCCUUGAGCGAUGCAAGAAACCAAUCAAGCUUUGAGUUGGGAGAAGUCGCAUUUUAUGGUGCGAGAGGGCAUUGUGUUGGGUCACAAAAUCUCUAAGAGAGGAAUUGAAGUGGAUCGAGCCAAGGUUGAAACAAUAAGCAAGAUCCCUCUACCAACCACAGUCAAGGACAUCAGAAGCUUCCUUAGACAUGAUGGGUUUUACCGUCGGUUCAUUGAGAACUUCUCGAAGAUUGCAUUACCCCUGGCCAAGCUUUUGAAGAAGGAUGCCCCCUUUCUUUUCACAAAGGAAUGUUUGGAGGCUUUUAAAAUCCUCAAGGCGAAGCUUACAGAUGCCCCCAUAAUGGUCUCGCCGGAUCAGAGCCUUCCUUUUGAGCUCAUGUGUGACGCUAGUGACUAUGAAGUGGGAGCGGUGUUGGGCCAAAGGCGGAGGAGAACUACAUUCAGUGCCUUUGGCCCAACACCGCUUCCUUUUCAACCUAUUUUCUAUGCUUCAAGGACACUGAAUGAUGCUCAGGAGAACUACACAACUAUCAAAAAAGAGUUGUUGGCAGUGAUCUUCGCUUUUGAUAAAUUCAGAUCUUACCUGGUGCUCUCAAAGGUUAUUGUCUACACCGACCACUCCGCCAUCCGCUUAUUGAUGAACAAGGCGGACGCCAACCCCUGACUAAUCCUAUGGAUCCUGCUUCUUCAAGAGUUUGAUGUGGAGAUAAAGGACAAAAAAGGAGCUAAAAAACUUGCAGCUGACCACCUCUCGCGACUUGAAGGACCGGAAGGGGGCAACUCCCAUAGAGAGAUAAAUGACACAUUCCCCGAUAAACGAUUAUUCGCCCUCGCCGCUGUAGAGAGUGCCACACCGUGGUUUGCCAACUUCGCGAAUUAUCUGGUUGGAGGGCAACUGCCCAAGGGGAUGUAUACACAUGAGAGAAGGAAGUUCUUCUCCGACCUCUGAUGCUACUUCUGGGAUGAUCCCCAACUCUUUCGGAUUGGGGCCGACGAGGUUAUUCGGAGGUGUAUACCGGAGAAGGAAAUGAUGGUUAUCCUAAACCACUGCCACACGGGACCAGCUGGAGGCCAUCAUGGAGGCAACCAAACUGCAAGGAAGGUGCUCUAGUCGGGAUUCUACAGGUAAUGUUUCUAACUGAAAUGAGAUGCCCCAGAUGAUUUCCAUUACUUGUGAGAUUUUUUUAUGUUUGGGGCAUCGACUUCAUGGGUCCUUUCCCAUCGACUUCAUGAGAUGCCCCAAAUGGGUUGAGGUUCAAGCUGUCCCCACCAAUGAUGCAAGACGAGUCUGUGGAUUCCUUAAAAAGUUGUUUUCAAGGUUCGGGACCCCAAGGGCCGUCAUUAGCGACUGAGGAACCCAUUUUCAGGGGCAAUUCGACAGACUCCUCGAUCGCUAUGGUGUUACCAAAUGGUGUCAAUGGCCUAUUAAAUAGGGAACUGAAAAGGAUAAUGGAAAAGACCGUGGAUCAAUCCUGCAAAGAUUGGUCGGCAAAACUCGAUGAUGCUCUAUGGGCGUACCACACGGCCUAGAAAACACAAAUAGGCAUCUUGCCUUACCAAUUGGUGUAUGGCAAGGCUUGACACUUGCCUGUAGAGCUAGAGUACAAGGCGUUCUAGGCCACAAAGAUAUUAAAUAUGGACUCUAUUUUUUGUGUGGAAAUGAACGAAAGUUGCAGGUGCUUGAACUCGAAGAGUGGCGUCUCCAAGCCUAUGAGAACACCAAAAUUUACAAGGAAAAGACGAAGCACUUACAUGAUGCUCGGCUGAAAGGAGGGAAGGAUUUCCAACCGGGAGACCAAGUACUCUUAUACAACUCCUGGUUAAGAUUUUCCCCCAGGAAGUUAAGAUCGAAAUGGUCGGGCCCGUAUGUGGUAACGCAAGUGUUCACAUACGGGGUGGUCAAAAUCUCCCAUCCAGAGAAAGGAAUUUUCAAAGUGAAUGGACACCACCUCAAACGUUACCUUGGAGGAGAGGUAAUUCCUCAAAAGGAGGUGGUGUUCCUACAAGAUGCCUAAUCCGGAGUCUCCUUCUAGCUACCGACGUUAAAGUAGCAUUUGUUGGAGGCAACCCAACGAAGGUUAGCAAGUUUGAACUACUACUACUAUCGGAUUGUGUUGUGUAAUAACCUCGCCUUGAGUGAGUCGUAUUGUGUUUGUGUGUGUUUUGUCUUUUACUUGAAGCUCCAAAUCUCCUACCCUGGAAACAAUUCCAGCUUUCACUCACCAAGCAAAGCGGUAACGUCGUUCUACCCCUAUCUUACGUCUUACUCCAUUGAGGGCAAUGUCGAGCUUAAGUGUGUGUGUGUGGGGGGGGGGGGGGUAGUCUAUUAUUAUGCUUGUGUGAGUGUGAUUGAUGCUUGGAGCCUUGAUUUAUGCACAAAUUUGAGGGCUCCAAGCAAUAUUUGCAUGAUCAAAGUGGCCGGUUUGUAGGAGAAUAUUGUGGUUAUUGGCAUUAACCUUGAAUGGUAGCAUGUGAUCUAGUAUGUCCUAUGAUGAUGACUGAGAGGUGCAUUUGGAUAGUGCAAAGGUUUAGUUCUCAUGUGUGCAAAAAUGAAUGGAUGUUUUGACU